CGAAAUUCUUUCUCAACUUCCACGAGCAACCAGGCGAGACGUCAUGUGUGAGCUUGGGCCUCCAGUCACCCCACCAACCGAAGCGUCGUCAGGCGACAAGGCUAAGGAUUUCACGUGAGCGCACACACAGCCUAACCACGCACGACAAAAUGUCCAGCUGGCGAUCCAGGAAGAGAGACCAGAGAAUGUGGCCGGGUGAGGCGACAGCAGGCCCGUAUGUGUCACCUAACGCGACGAAAAGAACAGCGCUGCACUAUGACUGUCGAGUGACGUUAGGCGGGCGACAAGCAUGGAACAGGUGCAACCUCAUACCCUUGACCCACUGACGUAGCAAAUGUGCGCGGUUGGAGCCCAACAACCAUCAGGCAACAUCACGAUAACCUCAGCCUGAUUCGAAGCAGAAGCCAAAGUCCACAAGCAGCCAGAACGUCGCAAUCGGCUAGAACAAGCCUAAAGAGGGCAAGUGCCAGGGGACGCCGCUUCCCAUCCCGCCGAGAUCGAUGCCAGGCCCGCCUUCCCCCCCACCGACUCGGCAGCAGCGUCCGUCUCUACGCUGGGACGCCGCCCAGCGCGCCUGCCGUGACAACGACCUUUCCACCCUGCGCCUGCUCGUCACGCAAGGCGGCCUCUUCGAGAACGCACCAGCGCUCCGCGAGGCCUGUCUGUCCGGAGCCUGGGGUCGCGGUACGGCCGGCGACGCAUCUGCGGCCCAGACCUUCUCGACGCAAGACAGCAUCCGGCUCUCGAACCUUCUGCAGACGGCCACGACACGCGGGCACGUUCCCGUCAUACGAUAUCUGCUGGACACCUUCCCCGCCCGCGAUCUGCACGUUCUCGAGUGGGAGAUUGUUGUCAACGCGCUGGCGACGGGCAGCUGCGAGGUCCUGCAGCCGUUUCUGGACGUCGAUCCCGGCCUGGUCGGCAUGGUCGACGAGGCGAGGUUUGGGACGUGCUUCACGGUGCUGUUUGAUCUCGUUGUCGAGAAGGAGAACCACCUGCCCGUCGUGAAGAUGCUGUGUGAGCACGGUGCUGAUGUCGCUGCGCUCCCGCACGUCCUGGACGACGCGAAGAGAUCGUCGACGCCAGAGGUCGUAGCGUACCUCGAGGCUAAGCUCCGCAGAUAGCUCCGGAGAACUAUAUGCUUCAGGACUCGCCCAGCUACAGGCCGCAUCUCUGAGCGGACUCCUUGGCGAGGCUGGGUUUGCACAGAGGACCGGAAACCGCGCAAUUGUGGUAGCGUCACGUUUGGCUUCGUCGCUUCGUUGACAAGCCUACUACGACUCCGUUCUCAACUGAGCCUCGGACGCCCCCGGGCAGAGCCGAGAUACAGCCACUUGCUCACCAAAAAGUGUGCACAUCAAAUUUGGACAGAGUGUAAUUGAACAUUCCGUCCUUCGGCUGGUCAAAUUGAGAAUAAUUUAAGGUCAACCCUAUAAACAACAUGUGACAGCAGUACUUCGGAACAAACUCUGCUCAAAUCCCCACCAUGCACAAGAACAUUCAGGCGGACGUAACACUCUGGAGGAGUGCGCCUGUAUGUAGAAUCCUAAACAUUGAGCAGAAAUUAAACGCUGUAGCCCAGUACAUGUUCUGUCAAUUGUCCUGGUGGUUCUGCAUCCAAUCAGCAAAGAAGCAAUUAAGGAAUGACGCAGGUAAAGUUCUGUCUUUCAUCUGCGUUUACUCUUUCUCCUUUCCGCUCUUCUUCUUCUGAUCUUCAUCCUCGUCCUGCUUCCCUUCCUUAUUUCCUCCCUCGUUCUUCUCUUCUUCGCUGUCGUCGUUGUCCUUCAACUCAUCCAAGCUCUCGACACUCUC